AGGGGCAAGUCGGGCCUGGCGCUGGGAGAUAUCCGUGAGGUCAAAGAUGGCGCCUUCCAUGUAGUGUCCUGUGCCGGUAGUGCGGAAGGGCCUUGUCAGCUCCUCGGAGGCCACGUGUGGCCCUACUCUUAGGCUUGUGCGGUGUGCUGUUGUAGGACAGAGACCAGAGCAAUGGCAGGGAGCCUCUCUUUGGGGGCAGGUAGGGUCCUGUGGGGCCGGGUGCCCCUAUCCUGCAGAAGUUUCUCUCUGGGUAUUCCUGGAAUGUUCCACGUAAGGCUCACCCUCCCGCCUCCCAAAGUGGUUGAUCGUUGGAAUGAGAAGAGGGCCAUGUUCGGGGUGUAUGACAACAUUGGGAUUUUGGGAGACUUUGAAAUGCACCCCAAAGAACUUAUCAGGGGCCCCAGAUGGCUUCGAGGCUGGAAGGGGAAUGAAUUACAACGUUGUAUCCGAAAGAAGAAAAUGGUUGGAAAUCGAAUGUUCCUUGAUGACCUGCAUAAGCUUAACAAACGCAUCAGCUACCUCUACAAACACUUGAACCGACAUGGAAAGCACCGGUAGAAGAAAAGCUGGGAAAUGUGGAAGACACACAUCUGUCACUGAGGGGGAAGGGGAACAGUAUUUUUCCUUCUAAGGAAAAGGAUUUGUAUACUCUCUGUAAUAAAAUGGGGCUUCUUUGGAA